GAAAAAAUGUCUUCAAAUUUACCAACAGAAGAUGAUUCAAAACUUAAACAACUUUGUUUUAAUCUUACACACUUUCAACGAACAGAUUUUGAUUCUGUUCGUUUUGUUAAUUUUUCUCGAAAGAGGGCUACAUUAGCACAACUACACUCUGAUCUACGUAUUUAUUUGAGAUAUUUACAAAAUUCGAUGAUUGAAUUAAUUAAUGAUGAUUAUGCCGAUUUUGUUAAUUUAUCUUCUGGUUUGGCGGCUUUGAGAGAUUCUGUUGAUAAAGUUAAAAAUAAUAUACAGGUUUGUUUUUAA